AUGAAGCGAGAGGAAUGGCUCGCCGUGCUGCAGAAGAUGCAGUGGGUGCCGUGCGAGGAGAGCACCGGCCCGCCGCGCUACCGUGCGGCGGAGGCGUAUCACUGCACCUUCUGCGCCUACACGGUGUGUGCCCGCUGUUACAACGCCGUGCCCACGGCGCUCCUGUUCCCGUCCCGCGAUGCGUCGGCCGCGGCUGGAAGCGGUCCCCUCGGGCCGCAGGCGGGGAACGGGGAGGCGGAGGCGCGUUUGUCGGGGGACGAGGAUGCGCGGCGGCAAGGCACGGCGGGGGAUGAUGACUUCAGUCAGCCCCGUUGCUUCCUGUGUCGCACAGGGGCGCUGCUGCGGGAGCAGGUGCCUGUGCACGAAUGGACCUGCGAGGGGCCACGGCCGGCGCGUCGGCUUCAGCAUGGGACUUCGGUGGCGUACGACGUGGAUGUGGUGCAGCGGUACUACACAAUGAAGGAACAGCGGGAUAAGCGUGCGCUCUCACAGGCGCCGCUUGUGGCUCAUUUUCACGCCGCCGAGGGACCACCAAGACAAUUUGCACCCGCCGGCGACGACGACGACGACGUCAUCGGGAGCGGCCUGCUGGGGCGGCGACCGUUCUGCGAGGAGGGCGCAAGUUUCGUCUUCUCCGUGCAGAAUCCUCGAAUGGAGGUAUCCUGCGUGUGGUGCGCGGUGAAUCGGCGCCUGGGUGAGGCCCAUCCCGCGUUUGUGGGGGACGAGACGAUUACGCCGCUGCAGGUCCUUCGCUGCCCGCCGUCGCUUCCGGGGCUUCCCUCGCGGCGCUUUCGCGUCGGUGUGCCGUACGGGGUCUACGGGCUGCACCAGGUGCACGCCCUGGCCCUGUACCUCACGGACGACAUCUUCCGCAAGGCCACGACGAAGCUGCAGGUGGCAACGGCAGAAGCGUUGGCUGCGGAGGAGAGUGAGCCGCAGCCGCAGUUGCGGCAAGGGCUGCUGAGGGCGGGAAAGGAACUCCCCCGCCACGUAGUGCGUCCGCUCUUGGUGGUGGACGUGCUCCACCGCGUUGCCACCGGCGAUCCCGUGCGAGGCCUGCUCCGCGCAGAGGCGAUUGCGGCGCGACUGCGAAGCGCGCCUGCUGGCCCCUUUGCGUGGCCGAACCGGGGGGGCCCAGGCGGGGCGCAGCAACCGACAGCGGCGGGCACCGACGCAGUCGCCGAGUCGGCGGUCGACGGUAACACGAGCAACGAAGUUAGCAAUGCGGUUCUGGGCGAAGACGAGGACCGCAGGGAUGGGCCGCGCGAGGCGCAAGUGAAUGGGGCCGCAACUCCCGAGGAAAAGGUGGAAUGCCCUUCUUCCUUGACGUGGCCCCAUGGGCUGCGGUGUGAGGAGCUGCUUUUGACGCUGGACUACCUGCUGCAGGGCCGCUCCGUGGCCGUGUACGGCAUUGCCUCCAAGCACUUCUUCCUUCAGCAUGUUUCGCAGUGCGCCGAGCUGCGUCACCACGGGGUUGCAGUGCUGGACGGCUACUGCGCCUCCGCCGCCCGCAUCGUGCACCAGCUGCGCGAGCUUGGGAAGCAACUCCGGCAGCGGCAACAGGGGUCGGAGCAGGCGCUGCUGCGGAGUUUCUUUGCCCGGGACUCCCACUGUGAGCCGCUGGCGCCUGACGCCCGUUCCAAGGCUCCUGCGCGAGACCAGCAACACGACAAAGGACAGGAGGGGACGGAGGAGUAUUACAUGGUGGACUCGCCCCCGAGCGACUCCUCUCGGAGCCAAUCGUACCGCACUCCGCUGCGGAGCCGCGCACGAGACGCGGGACGAAGUGAGUCCCGUAAGCCCUGCACGGAUUCCUCGGCCGAGAAAAACCGGCUGCUUCUUGAGCAACCACACUUGGGGGAAACACCGCUGGUGCGUGAGGCGGCUGGGUGUGUGCCUCUCGACUCCCCCGCCCCCCUUGUGAGGCGGCGGGAGCGUUCCAUCCUCCUCGUGCGCGGGGAGGAGGCCGCAGAGGAAGAGGCAAAGUUGCCUUUGCCGGCCAAACACCCGUUGCACCGGCAGCGCCAGGCGCAGAAGGAACGACCGGUUGGGGGGCAGCCGCUGCCGCAUCAGGAGGCGGGAAUGGAGGAGAAGGUGUGUGUCUGGUCGCGACGGCACUGGCUUCGUGAGCAGUCCGACUGGAGCUAUGACGUGCCGCUGCGCGAGGGAUGCGGUGUGAAGCGUCUCCGUGAAGAUGCUCUGGGCGAGGACGCCAACGCCGACGAAGUCGCCUCGCUGCGUUCGCGUGAGGGCCGACGACCGCGUCCGCCGCGGAUCACCGUCUCUUCCCCGGAGGUUAUGCGGUCCCUGCGACUUGCGUGUCGUGCCCCGCUUCGCAGCUGCAUUGCGUGGAUGUCGCUGCCGUCGAUUACAGCGCAAGGCCUCGUUUCGGCCGCUCUGCCGGCCACGACACCCUCGCUGCGGGGUGCUGGGCCAGUCACAAUUAUUCUCUUGCAUGGCGUGGAUCAACUGGAUGCACCGGCCCUGCUCGAGCUCCAAGCAAUUGGACGGGAGUUCCCGUAUCGUGUUGUCCUGCUUUGCUCCUUUGAUGAUCCUGACUGGCUGUUGUCAAGUGCCGCGGGUUUGCUGGACGUGUUCCGUAUGACGUGUGUUCACCUCCGCUCGAUGCUGCUCCCACGCUUGCAUGAGAUGGCGGGCAUUAGCAGCCUGUCUUUGCUCACUGAGUUGGAGGCCUUCUCGGCGGGGGGCGGGCGGUUCAACCGGUACGCCAAUCGCGGCGGGGCCAUUUUGGCAGGCGCCUCUUUGCCCCUUCACGAUACGAUCCGGCGCAUUUUGUUUAGUCUCCCCGCCUCCUUCAGCGAGCUGCUGCGGUGCAUGAUCAGUCGCCAGGAGGCCUCCGGGGAGAACGUCUUCAUCCCAAUGAGUAUGCAUCAGGAGAACUUCGACGAGUGUGGGAUGAUGGUUUCCAUGGCCCGCCUGAAGGCGAUUGAGCGGGAGCUCACCUCCAACCGCCUCGCCGUAUUCAACUCGGCGGAGAACAAACUGAUGAUCCCCCAACACCGGAAGCUGCUGAGGGUGCUGGAGGAGGUGCUGGAGCAGCGGGAGGCUGCCGGGGCCGCAUCCGGCGCGGCGGCCCCCGUGGAGGCGUAG